UGAAAUACUUCCGGGUCACUUCCCCCAAACCUUCCUUAGCAAAAUAAUCUGUUCAACCGCAGCAUAAAAACUGUAAGAGAAAAGGAUUCAACAUUUGGAUUUUAACAAUUUUCACAGACAAUUGUAGCACUCUCACGCUUCAGCUGGUGGCAGCAAUCAUCCGCCCGCUGCGAUUCGCCAUCAGAGGAAGAAAGACGAGGAGGAAGGGGAGGAAAGAUGCCAAGACAUUGUUCAGCAGGUGGCUGCAAAUCCCGGGACAACCGUGAAACUCGUAAUGCUGGGAUCACCUUUCACAGAUUACCGAAAGGCGCCACUCGGAGGAACCUUUGGAUCACCAACUCCCACCGUGCAGGCUCCUGGGAUCCUCAGACUGACUUUGUCUACUUCUGUUCCAAACACUUCACCCCAGAGAGCUUUGAGUUGACUGGAUGCAGUGGGAUCCGAAGACUAAAAGAAGAUGCGUUUCCUACAGUUUUUGAUUCCUCUUCAAAAAUAAAAUGCAAAAGGACAGGAACAGCGCAGAAACAAGAAGACAUCCUUGUCAGGCAAAGUCCCUGCUCAGGUAACCAGGAGGUCACUCCACAUGUCACAGACCAGUAUCCGUCUUCAGACAAAGUCACAGUCCAGAGGUUGGCGGACGCAUCUGAGGAGACUAACGAAAAGAACCCUGCGUCUCUUCGAGAGCCAUCAUGGGUGGGGGAGCUCUCACCGCAAGAACAUGCUUCGUCACCACCACCAGAGUCUCGUUCCAUCUCCCCAUCACGUUACAUGAGGCGCCUGCCCCCUCGUCCAGGCUUCUACCUGUCAAAAGAGCACAGCUAUGCUCAGCUCUGCCCCCUGCUAUGGAGGAGAAGGUAUGACCAGGCUGUUGACUACCUAGAGAAGGCCUUGCGACAGCUGCAUGCAACCAGGCGCAGGGAGAACCGCUUGCGGAGCACUGUGCUGAGGCUCCGGGAUAAACGGUUGAAGAACACACUACUGGCGUCACAAGAUGGUUGUAAACACAAGGGGACACUUGGGAGAAAGAGGAGACGAGGGAAAGAAUGUUCUAACCAAGAGGAGACAGGGUUGUUUGAGGACAAAUGUGUGGACCACAUGGAGUUUGGUCGUCAUUUUCUUUCAGACACUAACAGCUGGUCUGAGGAGGACAAGGGACAUUGUUUUUACUGUGGGAGAGGGCAGGUUCAAGUUGGUGGUCAGGUAGCACUCACACUUUCAAAGACUGAGAAAGAUGUCGAGCCCACAGUGCAUGAAGAACCAGAAAGGAUUCAGAGAAGUGUUGAAACCAGUAUAUUUGGCAGAGCCGAAAAUACCAAAGAUAUACAGAAUGUAAGGCUGGAAAGACCUCUUAAAAAAACUGUAGAAACCAAUGGUUUUGCACAUUCCCAAGUCCUGGUCCAGACUCCAAGCCUUCAACAUGUAAUCCCUGCUGGAGUGUCUGUGCCUGCUACUCACAAGCAGAGUUUACAGUUUCUACACUCUCAGCAGAAGCUGUUCAUCUCUGACACAAAUGAAGGGAACUUUGAAGCUGUGGACCUGCAGCAGCAGCUGUUUUGGAUUCAGGACAGUACUGAGGGCCAGGUCAUUGUGUUCCCUGUUCCUGCUGAAGAGGGAUUACAAAGCUUUCUCAUGACAGAGGGGGUCGCUGAUGAAUCACAGACUAUAUUGGUGUCAGAACUAGAUUUUAAAAGAUACUUGGGACACACAACAAAGAACAGUGGAGGGUUGGGCAGAGUUGAAACAGCCUGUGAUGAUGAACACAGUGACCAGCGUUCUGUUAUCAACAGUGCAGUGUUAGAAAGGAGAGAAGAUGUGAGGGAGAAACUUAAAGAACACCUGGAGGGAUUUCACCUUCAGCUGAGCAGCGAGUAUAUAAACUGACAUGUUCUGAAUGAACACAAAAGUUUGUAAUUACAGAUUAAAUAAUUAAAUGAUUUAUCUGUGGUAGUCUUUUCUGCUAGCAGAGUUGAACAUUUUGAAUGUCGUGUAAACCUUAAUGUAUAUCCAGAGUAAAUAUUUGAGUAUAUGAGUCAGAUAAGAUGACGACGCACUUUCUAAAAAAAUGUAUUAGAUAUAUUCAUAUGCUACAGAAACACUUUUUUCAAAUGCAUUUAAAAAUGUGCUUAAUUUUAGA